UCCAGCCUCACCACAGCAUCAUCAGUAUCAGACGAUUCAGCAUUACUGUCACUGGUGCAUCUGGUGUUGAGACAGAUGGAGUGUCAGUGUCACUGAUGGAGGGAGAUUCAGUCACUCUACACACUGAUAUUGAAAUGAACCAACAAGACCCAAUGAAAUGGUAUUUUAAUGAUAUUCGUAUAGCUCAAAUAAUUGCAAAUCAGAAUAGGACCUGUACAGAUGUUCAGUGUAAUGAAGGCACUGAGAGAUUCAGAGACAGACUGAAGCUGGAUCAUCAUACGGGUGAUCUCACCAUCACAAACAUCACAACCACAGACUCCGGAGAUUAUAAACUACAGACCAUCAGGAGAAAAGUCAUUCAAAAGAUCUUCCAUGUUGUUGUUCAUGAUGUUCCUGCUGCUGAUCAAGAUGAUAUUAAGAGAAGUUCAGUGAAAGAGGGAGAAGCUGUUACUUUAGACUCUCGUGUAAUUAAAAAACAGAAUGAUGUGAUGAGAUGGUAUUUUAAUGAGAUUCUCAUCGCUGAAAUCACUGGAGAUCUACGUAAGAUCUGUACAGAUGAUCAGUGUGAUGGGAGAUUCAGAGACAGACUGAAGCUGGAUCAUCAGACUGGAUCUCUGACCAUCAUGAACAUCAGAACCACAGACUCUGGACUCUAUCAGUUAAAGAUCAUCUACAUCAUCCGCCUUCGACACAGCAUCAGCAUCUUCAGAAUAAAGAGAUUCAGCAUUACUGUCACUAAUUCAAGUCUACCUUCAGGAGUUAUAGCAGGGAUAUGUGCUGCUGUUGUUGUUGGUGUUGGUGUGCUGGCCGCUGUGGUGGUUUGUGUAAAGUCCUGUUGCUGCGGAAGGGACCAUGAGAAGAAAACGGAUGUAUUGUGAAAUAUACAAUGUAAAAUUAAUUUGUAAAGUAACAGUGGUAUUAAAACAUUUUUAUAUCAGCAGAAUAAUAUGACCAUGCUUUAGGGUAAGAAUGUAACGUGUACCCUUAAAAAUAGUUAUCAACACUGUGAGAUGGAGAUGGAACUGAUGCCUUUUGAAAACUAUUGAUAGCAUUACCAUCUUUCCUCCAUAUAAUGGCUGAUAAAGUAGUGUUUAUAGCGGUACUUUGUGUACAGCCUGGGAAACUGCUGUAUGUCUGACACUUUCUGGUGUCUGUACAUACAGCUGUAAAACCAAUGGAUCAACAUGAAACUAAUGCUAAAUUAUAACAAUCUAUAACUGAUACUUUUGACUCAACCUCAAACAACUAAAAAAAAAAAAAAGUUUUAUAUUAUGAAAUGUUAAAUGUGUCUAAAUAUA